CUACCACAAACACCACACAAAAGACCCCCCAAGAUUCACCAAAUAAUCCGAACAAACGACAUCGAAAUCACAUUUAGAAGAAGAAGGAAAAGCGAAAGAAAACAAUGCAGCCCCCGCCCAAGCCCCUCCUGAUCCUCUACUCCCACGGCCGCCAGCCCCCGCUCGACCCGCCUCCGGACCUCAAGUACGACCUACGCAGCAUUCCGAACCCGCCGAAAGCGCUCCGAGACGUCAGCGACGGGCGGUCGAAGCGGCUGCGUGAGCACCUGCUUUCGGAGGAGAAGUUCGUGGCGAGGCUGGAGCAGGUGGAGGCGGAUGUUAGGAAGGGGGUCGCGGAGAAGGUUGAGGGGUUGGGGGAAGGGGAAGGUGAGGGGAGGAGGAGGAGUCACGAUGGGGAGACGGAAUCUGGGGGGAUUGAUGUGGUUGUUGAAGAGGGGAGUGGGGAGGAAGAAGGUGCUGGGGAUACUGGAGACGUAGAAGAAGAAGAGUCACGAAGUAUUGUCUUUCGAGUGGGAUGUAACUGCGCCUUGGGCCACCAUCGCUCCGUCGCCUUCGUCACUGAGCUAGCAGCGAGGCCCUGGCCUAAAGACUGGGAAGUGCAAGUCGUGCAUCGAGAUCUGGAAAAGAAGAGGACAGGCGGAUCGCGGUCGAAGCAGAAGAGUGCUUGGAAGGGGAAGAGGAGGGAGCAUGUGAUGAGCGUGGCGGAUGAGUGGCACACUUGA